AUGUGCAGCGUAAAGACCGCCCUCCUCCUCUCCGGCCUCGCCGCCCUGGCCACCGCACAAGACCCAAUGGUCAAAGUCGAGCCCGACGACAUCCCUUUUGGAUGCGCUACGAUAUGCGGACCCAUAGUCGAGUUGACAGACAUCUGCCACGUUGGCUCCCAUCCAGGUUUCCGGCGGAGACUGAAGAGGCGAAAGAUUGAGAAGCGGCAAUUUGUCACGAACGCAUUCGGACUUGUGGUGCCCGCGCCGGAACGGACGCCGACGGGAGGGAGAGUCGUUACUGUCACGACGGUAGUUACGCUCACGGCGACUCCUUCACAAGCAGUGAACCCGGGUAGUGCAAUAACGACGCCGGCGGCGGGGAGUAAUAACCCCUCUUCACAAGUUAUGACGACGACGAUGACCAUGGUUUUACCAGAGGACGACACCGACGGUGGUGAUUUGGAGUUGCCUGCCGACGAUACGGGUGUGAGGUUAGCGUUUCCGACGACGACGUCUACACCUUUGGCGGUAGGGAAUGCGGCGGAUGGGAUUGACAUGGGGGAUGUUUACGAAUAUGCGGAACAAGAGACGGAAGUGGAGGAUGCUGAGAGGGAUUGUGUUUGCAAUAACAAGAGUUUUGAUGUGGCCCUCGUUUCUGGGCUGUGUACGAGCUGUAUACAACAAGCCGGAUGGGCGCCAGAGUCCAUGGGUGUGAUCAUGGAUCAAUGUCAAUUCGCCGAACAAGUAUUCACAGACAAAAGCGACGCCGUCGUCAACAACGUCCGCAUCAAGGCCGUAGCGCCUACUCUACCCGCCGGCAUCGAUUCUUCUCUCAUCAGCGACUCGCCGCCCUCACCGCGCCACGGGACCGGAUUCGCCGGGGCGCUGGCGGCGGGAGUCGCGUGCGGCCUCGCCCUCCUAUUAUAA